UCAUGACACCCCCGAGGGGUGGGCAAGGGGCCGCUAGUGUUUGUUCCUGGUAGGGCGGGUCCGAAGCAGGGAGUAGCCCCAUCACGGCCCUCCCCCAGUUCACCGUGGCUCUGACCUCGCCACAGCCCCUCCAGCCAGCUGCUUCUGGGCUGGAGCCCAUCGCCUCCUACACCCUGGACAGCUGCCCCCUCACUCCGAGUCUGGAGGCCUGAGGCCCCGGGGAGCUUUGCGCUCACUGGGUUUUUGAAGUCGUGGGGUCAGUACCUCAGACUGGGUGGAGAUCAGGGACCCAGAGGACAGAGAGGAAGGUGGCCACCCUGUCUGCACCCCGCACACUGGGAUGGACUGACCGGGCAGGCUGAUGACUGGACACCCUCACAUCUUCUCCAGCCACAUGGUGCCUCCUGUCCUCUGUUCUCCAGCCCCGCACUUUCAACAGACCCCUGGCACCAAAGCCACCCCUGCGCCCCAGAGCACGGCCUCCCUGACCAGCUCUGCCCUGCCCUACGCCCUCCUGGUUCACAGUGGGCAGCACCCCCGCAUCCCGCCCCCCAGCACCCCCAGCCCCAGCAGACUUCAGCCAGGCCCUACAGAGGCACCAAGAGUUGUGAGGCCCAGAAUGAGGGUGAGAGCUUCUUGGCAGGCUUCCUGGAGGAGGGGGACUGGGGUGUGUGUCCCGGCGGAGAGCUGGGGGCAGACAUAUCAGAAAACCUGUCUGAAGAUCUCCCCUGGCCUGGCUGGAUCUGAAGUCUCAGGAGGAAAGGCCACCGGGGGUGGGCGGGUCUCUGAGCACCCCACUGGGCCAGGUCCCUGCAGGGGACAACCAGAUGCCAGCCUAAUCUCAGUGGGCUUGGUCCUGGGCCAGCAGGCCGGCCCCCCAGGGCAUUCAGGGCUCAUAAAGCCUGGGCUGGAAAGGCCACCUCAGCUGUCCUGCUAAGAACCAUCGUCCACGAUGCUGCACCUGCUGGUGGCCGGCUGGGUCUUCGCCUUGCUCGGGGUGUCACCAGGCCAGGCCGAGAUCCCCAUCCAGCCCAACUUUGAUGCCAGCCAGUUCCAGGGCACCUGGUAUGUGGUUGGGGUGGCAUCGGAUGACCAGGGCUUCCUAGACUCCAAGGACAACCUGAAGAUGCCCGUGGUCUUGGUGACCCCCUUGGCAAACGGUGACCUGGCCCUCAAGUUUGGGUACUCUACGCCUGAUGGCGGGUGCCAGAAGGUGGACACGACCUUCACUAAGGGUGCUGUGGAUGGGCAGUUCAGCAACAAUGCCUUGGCGCAGACGGACAUCCGCGUGGCGUCCACCGACUACCAGCAUUUCGCAGUGCUGUACGUGGAGACGCAGAAGGAGGGCGUCAGGAGCGUCUGGCUGCAGCUCUACGCCCGCGUCCCGGAGCUGUUUCCCGAGGGCGCCCAGAAGAUGCAGCAGCUGGCGCCCCAAGUAGGCCUGAACCCCAGCCAGGGUGCCCUGCUGCCCUCAUCAGACCAGUGUGCUGGGGCCUUCUCCUAGGUGAGUACCCAGGGCCAGGCCUGGACACCCCUCCCCAGACCGUGCAGUGCCCCGUGCCCCAUGCCCCAGGGUCCCUCCUGGCCAAAAGGCUGCACAGUGGGGGUCCUCAUCCUGGGAGCAAGGUGGGGACCGUCCCGUGGAAUCAAGGGGGGAGAGCAAGCAGCAGUGGGGAGGAACAGAGUGGGGGCCCUCUGCCUGGGCCCAGGCAGGGCAGGAGGAGGCAAGAAGACUGUGCUCACCCCACUCCGCCUGCUCUCUUGUUUGCAAGGAAGGACCCGGCCCGGGAGCGCCCACCGUGGGGGGCCCACGCUCCACACGCCAGGCCUUCCCCAGAGAGCGCACAUCACUUCUCUCUGCCAUCCCUUCCCCAGCACAAUAAAUCCUCUCCUGAAGCCCACGGCUGUGCAUUUCUUCCACGGGGUUCUGGGACCAGGGAGGGACGCACGCCCUGCUCGGCUGGCGUGGGCUGGGCUCAGCCCCGGGGGGAGCUUGGGCUCCGCUGUGAGGAAAGCUUAUGCAGAUGCAGAGGCCCGUGGGGCCUUCCCU